UCUAGCUAACCUUGCGCUGAUUUGACCAUGACUAUCAUCGAUUCACAGCCUCGUUGAUCGGCCAAGGUGGCGCUUCUGUCGCAUAGACAACUCUUUGCGGGUUCAUUGCGCGCACUAGGUACAUACUACUGACAUACUGCCUGAUCGUGAAAUCUUGUGCGUACUGGCGCAGAAUCACCUCGAUGCGGUAUGAGGAUGUGUUCCAGCAUUGAAGUUAUAACAUGCGACCAUCUCUCUCGAAGAUGGCUCAUACUUCAGCAAACAUCAUCAUCUACACAAUAACAGACCAGUCUCUCAAACUCAAACCAAGAAACAGUCACCCUUGAAUCUCACGCAUCUCAUACCACCAUGGUCGCAUCACCACCAUCAACCAGCGCUUUUGCCAGACACGUUAUGAACCCACUUGGUUUCACAAAAGCCUACAAUUUCUGGCUGUAUAUCAUCUUUGGCGGCGCAUUCGUAGGCUUCGCCCUGGCUCGUAUGUCCUAUCUCGAUUUCUCGAAAAACUUCUGUCCCGCAGAUGGUGCCAGCCCAGGCGGCAACGGCGCAGCACCAGGAGAAUGCUACUACUAUCUCAACUUUAACCGUUACAAGAUUGGUAUCCUACUGCAUCUCGCUGGUGUACUGCCCGCUAGUCUGCUGGCAGUGGUGCAAUUCACUCCUUUCAUUCGCCGGCGCUGGAUUAUCGUACACCGCAUUGGUGGUUAUGCGGCGCUCCUCCUAUACCUCGUGGGCCUCGCUGGCGCGCUGAUGAUUGCACGACAUGCAUUCGGUGGUGGUCUGGAUGUACAGAGCUUUGUCGGCGUUCUGGGUUUCGGUUCGCUAGGCUGCUUCAUCAUCAGUUAUAUCAACGUCAAGCGACUCCAGAUCGAGCAACAUCGUGCGUGGAUGUUGAGAGGCUGGUUUUACGCUGGCACGAUCAUCACAAGUCGAUUUAUUGUGAUCAUCGCUGCCAAAAUCAUCGCAUCGCAAGACUACUAUAUCGUUUGGAGCUGCGCGAAGAUUGCAGCAACCAUUUCCGGUGACGUGGACCUCGCAACUUCGUACCCUACCUGCGCAUCCUUCGUCAACGGCACAGACCCCGAGGCAGUGUCAAGCGUGGCAGCAACUUUUGCGGUCGGGGAUGCAGCAAACACUGGUGCGGCCCUGAAUGUCGUCUUCGGUAUGGCGUUGUGGGUGUCGCUUGCGCUACAUGCCUUUGGUGUAGAGCUUUACUUGCACCUUACGCCGAAAGAAGCGCAAAGGUUACGACAGAUUAGCUACCAAAGACAAUUGGAGGCAGGCCUACGCAACCCUGGCUCUGCAGGGCUUACUACGGACCGUCUGGGAGAUGCGGAAAAAUGGGUACCAGAAACAUCCAGUAAAGAUAGUACGAGCAUGCAAGCGACCGAGCCGACCGAGCCUAAUAUGGUAGCAGAGACGAAGUAAGAUUGGGUUAUAUGAUUUGGUUCUUUUCGCACAGCAUACCGCGUUUUGAUUUCCAAGGAAGAUUGAGCAUUUAUUGCGAGGCAUUAG